AUGAUGGGCAGCAAGAUGGCAUGUGCCAACAGGGUCGUUCAGGAAGUCAAGCCACACACUCCACCAAUAAGGUUCCCUGACAGAAGGGGCAAUCCUAAACCCAGCCUAUCAGAAGCUUUGAGGUCAACAGGGCUACCAUCUCACUCUUCUGCAAUGACACAGCCUUUUAAGGGAGGCAAAUCACCAGAUUUUCUGGUGUGUCAGGGUCCACCAGACACUGCAGAAAUGAUGAAAACAUUUCUUCAGAAAUAUAGGAGACUUUUGUCUCAAGAAGAAAUCAAAUUUAUCCAGUGUAGAGGUCUAGAAUAA